ACAGCACGAUCUGCUCAGUCCCGUUAUCCGGUCAUGGAGUCGGUCCGUCCGCAGCGGUUGCAGCCGGGGGUCGGGCCCGGGGUGUCGGCGGGGACCCUGCGCUCUUUGCGGCCCGGAGUGACCGGCAGCUCGUUCCCCGGCGCUCAGGCCUCGGCUCCUCCACCCCCGCUCGGCCUGGGGAUCCCGGGGAGUGCGGGCAGCCCGGCGGUGCUGCGGGAGGCGGUGGAGGCCGUGGUGCGGAGCUUCGCUAAACACACCCAGGGCUACGGGAGAGUGAACGUGGUGGAGGCGCUACAGGAGUUCUGGCAGAUGAAGCAGACGCGGGGGGCGGAGCUGAAGAACGGCGCGCUGGUGGUGUACGAGAUGGUGCCGUCCAAUAGUCCGCCAUACGUCUGCUACGUCACCCUCCCCGGGGGCAGCUGCUUCGGGAGCUUCCAGUUCUGUCCGACUAAAGCGGAGGCCAGGAGGAGCGCGGCCAAGAUCGCCCUGAUGAACUCCGUCUUUAACGAGCACCCGUCCCGCCGGAUCACCGACGAGUUCAUCGAGAAGAGCGUCUGCGAGGCCCUGGCCACGUUCAAUGGAAAUCGCGAGGAAGCCGAUAACCCAAACACCGGGAUCGGAGCCUUCCGCUUCAUGCUGGAGUCAAACAAGGGCAAAUCCAUGCUGGAAUUCCAGGAGCUGAUGACGGUCUUCCAGCUCUUGCACUGGAACGGUAGCCUGAAGGCGAUGAGGGAACGUCAGUGCUCCCGCCAGGAGGUGUUGGCUCACUACUCCCAUCGGGCACUGGAUGAUGAUAUGAGGAAUCAGAUGGCCAUGGAUUGGGUGAACCGAGAACAGGACAGUCCUGGAAUCCUCACCAGAGAGCUAGCGGCCACCGAGAGACAACUGGACGAGGCUCGGCUCGCUGGGAAGGAGCUUCGCUACCACAAGGAGAAGAAGGAUAUCCUGAUGCUGGCUGCCGGGCAGUUGGGGAACAUCCACGCCUCCAACUGCUAGGCCGGGGCGCUGCUGGCUCUGCCCCCUGGGACUGGCAAUGCUUUGAAGGAGAGAGCGGGCAUCUAAUUGAACUUACAGUGUACAAUGCUCUGGACACCACCUGGUUCACCUGCCGCAGAAUCCAGGGUCAGGUGGUGAAUGAAAACCUGAUACCGGAACUGAACCCCUAGAAAUGGAAGCAAACCCAACUCCCUAAGGGCUCAGGGGUGAAAUGGAAGCAAACCCAACUCCCUAAGGGCUCGGGGGUGAAAUGAAUGGAAACCCAACUCCCUAAGGGCUCGGGGGUGAAAUGGAAGCAAACCCAACUCCCUAAGGGCUCGGGGGUGAAAUGGAAGCAAACCCAACUCCCUAAGGGCUCGGGGGUGAAAUGGAACCAAACCCAACUCCCUAAGGGCUCGGGGGUGAAAUGGAAGCAAACCCAACUCCCUAAGGGCUCGGGGGUGAAAUGGAAGCAAACCCAACCUCCUAAGGGCUCGGGGGUGAAAUGGAAGCAAACCCAACCUCCUAAGGGCUCGGGGGUGAAAUGGAAGCAAACCCAACCUCCUAAGGGCUCGGGGGUGAAAUGGAAGCAAACCCAACCUCCUAAGGGCUCGGGGGUGAAAUGGAAGCAAACCCAACCUCCUAAGGGCUCGGGGGUGAAAUGGAAGCAAACCCAACCCCCUAAGGGCUCGGGGGUGAAAUAGAUUGAAUCAAUUACCAAUAAUACUGAGCAUACGUAGCCACUUCACUCCCAUCAGUCAGCAGUUGCGUGAAGGGUCAUGUGACUGAUUUAGCUGGGUACGUUCUGGUGACAGGUUCCUCAGUCCACACGGGGGCGCUGUACACUGUAACUUCGUCCUCAUAUGGUAUUACGGAGCUGCGGAAUAAGAGACUGGCAUUAACAUUACAAACCGCGCCGCCCAUUACACAGAUUGUACCGCGAGCGAUAACUCUAAUACCGUAGAUAUAACGGAACGCGCGUCUCCUCCCACCACUGUGCCGCCUUUGCACAUGUUCUUUGUACUGGUGCCCGGUCUACACCCCGGCGCCCUGUGUGUCUUGUAUCCGUCUUUUAUAUAUAUAUUCUAUAUUUUUAAUAGCUGCGUUGCGCUGCAGUCUGAGGCUCCGCCCCGCGGUCUGUACCGAUGGUCACUGCCGGAUGUUUUUUUUUUUUUUUAUUACUAGCAAAAGUUUUCUAUAAUUUUUAUUUCCGUAGUUUUUAUAACUAGAGAGUGAAUACAGGAUGGGGCGUUUUUAUGGGGCGGGAUUGGGGGGGGGGGACGUUAAAUAGCAGCACAGGAAGUAGAUGGCGGUACAUGGGGAAAGUCAGCCGACGGCGGCCUCCGCUGUAUAAUAAAGACUGGUCGGACAUGGGCGCCGCCUUAGUGUACGAGAGAGUCCAGACUGCCAUAAAUAUGACCGUUUCAUGUUCACGUACCGCAAGCACAAAUACGGUAAGACGGCGAACAACGGGGGAUGGAAACAGACGACACUAGAAUGUAAUCUAAUCUAAAAAAAAAAAAAAAUGGCCGCCUCCAUUGUGGACCUCUGCACUGUCAUGAUGUAGCUCCACUCUGUUUUAUACUAAAAAAAGAAAUAAAUAGCGCCGCUCUUGUCUUCAGGUAGUGUGCGGUAUUGCAGCUCUGUUCCAUUGAUGGGAAUUGAGCCAAGUUGUAAUAUCUCGCACGACCUGAAAACAAGAAUGGCGCCAUUUAAAAAAAAAAAAAAAAAAAAUGGAUAAUCUCUAGAAUAGUGUUCCUCCAGCUGUUGCAAAACUACAAUUCCCAACAUGUAAAACCCUCAGAAACUGCAGCAGCAUGGAAGACAUUAUCAAGCAGCGUAAGCUGGGAAACAUAUCAAACUUACUAGAACAGUGUUUCCCCAACCAGGGGGUCUCCAGCUGUUGCAAAACUACAACUCCCAGCAUGCCCGGACAGCCUUCGGCUGUCCGGGCAUGCUGGGAGUUGUAGUUUUGCAACAGCUGGAGGCAUCCUGGUUGGGAAACACUGUCUUAGAACACAGAAAAAGAGGCAUUCAUGGCCCUAGGGGGAGCUGCAGGCGUGUCUUACCAUAAUUCUGCCACGUUUUUUUUUUUUUUUUUUUA